CAGCCCGGCCGUGAAGCCUGAGUGCUCCCCCCUCACUUCUAGCAACAGGUACCAUGGGCCCAGUCCUGCUAUGAACACAGCUGAAACUCUGGCCACCGGUGGCAGGUCUUCCAUUCCCAGCUUGGGGUGUCGGAAGGGGUGAGAAGGAAGGAAGAAAGACGACGACACAGAAGAGUGUCCGUAAAACUGCUUGUCUUGGAGAAGCGAGGGAAAGUUCUCUGGGCUGUGUCGCAGCUGACUUUCCCUCCCUCUCCCUCAGUCCGGACUGCACAGGCACCUGCCCCCAGCACCCGGAGGGAGAUCCCCGGCCGUCAGCAGCAGCAGGUUCCGAACGCUGCCGGAGCCCCUGCUCCCACCUGUCUGUGAGCAAUGAACACUUCGUGCUGCCUGCUGUCUGCUCAGCCAACCGUGCCCAACAGCUCAGAGCAGCUCACCGGCCCCUCCCUCAGCAACCAGAGCAGCAGCGGGUUCUGCGAGCAGGUCUUCAUCAAGCCCGAAGUCUUCCUGGUGCUGGGCAUCGUCAGCCUGCUGGAGAACAUCCUGGUCAUCCUGGCCGUGGUCAGGAACGGCAACCUGCACUCGCCCAUGUACUUCUUCCUCUGCAGCCUGGCGGUGGCCGACAUGCUGGUGAGCGUGUCCAACGCCCUGGAGACCGUCAUGAUCGCCAUCGUCAACAGCAACUACCUGACCUUCGAGGACCGGUUCAUCCAGCACAUGGACAACGUCUUCGACUCCCUGAUCUGCAUCUCCCUGGUGGCCUCCAUCUGCAACCUGCUGGCCAUCGCCGUGGACCGGUACGUCACCAUCUUCUAUGCGCUGCGCUACCACAGCAUCAUGACCGUGCGGAAGGCGCUGGUCUGGAUCGCGGCCAUCUGGGCAUGCUGCGGUGUGUGCGGCGUGGUGUUCAUCGUCUACUCCGAGAGCAAGAUGGUCAUCGUGUGUCUCAUCACCAUGUUCUUCGCCAUGCUACUCCUCAUGGGCACACUCUACGUGCACAUGUUCCUCUUCGCCCGGCUGCACGCCCAGCGCAUCGCGGCGCUGCCCCCGGCCGACGGGGCGGCCCCGCAGCAGCACUCAUGCAUGAAGGGGGCUGUCACCAUCACCAUCCUGCUGGGGGUGUUCAUCUUCUGCUGGGCCCCCUUCUUCCUCCACCUCAUCCUCAUCAUCACCUGCCCCACCAACCCCUACUGCGUCUGCUAUGCCGCCCACUUCAACACCUACCUGGUCCUCAUCAUGUGCAACUCCGUCAUCGACCCGCUCAUCUACGCCUUCCGGAGCCUGGAGCUGCGGAACACGUUCAGGGAGAUCCUCUGCAGCUGCGAGCCAUGAACCUGGGCUAGGGCGCCAGGGCCGGGGGAGUGGGCACCGGCGGCUCCAUCGCAGGCGAGCCCCCAGCCAGCCAAGCGAGGUGUUUAGAAAAAAGAAGAGGGGGUAGAGAAGUCCUGGGUAGACUUAAAAUGGGUCAACAGCCAUAAUCGGUAUGUCUUUUCUCUUUGCACUUGCAAAGUCUUCGAAGGGGAAAAUGGUACAUAACGGGCUUUCUCGCAGGACUCUGCGGUAGGUAAGUCACUGAUCUCCCAAAGAGGCCCCGGUCGGACUCAGU